AUGCCUUUUCCUUUCCUAUCUCUUUCAAAUCUAUCAAGUUUUCUUCCUUUUUCUUGUCCUGUUACCUAUAUUAUUUUUUUCUUUUGCUUUCUUUUUAUUUUCAUAACGUAUUCUUUUCUUUCCUUUUUCCUUCCUUUUACCUUCAUAGUUUUUCUCUAUUUCUUUAUUUCUUUAUGUCUUUCUUUCUUUCUUUCUUUUUUCUUUCUUUCUUUCUUCCCUACACAUAACAUUUAUCCUUUUAACCUUUCCUUUCUUCACACCUUUAUUUUUCCUUUUUAUCUUACUAUUUUCUUUCUUUUUCAUUCAUUUCUUUCUUUCUUUCUUUAUAACAUUUAUCUCUAUAAACUUUCCUUUUUUCUUCACUCCUUUAUUUUUCUUUUUAUCGUCGUAAUUUUAUUAUUUUCUUUCUUUUUCAUUUCUUUCUUUCUUUCUUUCUUUUCUUUCUUUCUUUCUUUCUUUCUUCACCCCUUUAUUUUUCUUCUUAUCUUACUUCCUAAUUUUACAGUUUCUUUCUUUUUCAUUUCUUUCUUUCUUCCAUAUUUCAUAACAUUUCCUUUUAUAACUUUUUCGUUCUUUCUUUCUUUCUUUCUUUCUUCACACCUUUAUUUUUCUUUUUGUUUCCAUAAUAUCUAUCUAUCUAUCUAUCUAUCUAUCUAUCUAUCUAUAUCUAUCUAUCUAUCUAUCUAUGUGUCUGUCAGUCUGUCUUUAUUACCUGUCUAUCUAUUCAUCUAUCUGUAUUCAUUAUCUAUCUAUCUAUCUAUCUAUCUAUCUAUCUAUCUAUAUUCAUUAUUAUAUAUAUAUCUGAGCAUCCUAUUCCAAUCUAUCUAUCUAUCUAUCUAUCUAUCUAUCUUAACCUAUUCUAAUCUAUCUCAGCCUAUUCUCAUCUAUCUAUCUAUCUAUCUAUCUAUCUAUCUAUCUAUCUAUCUAUCUAUCUAUCUAAAUAUCUUAGCCUAUUCUAAUCUAUCUAUCUCAGCCUAUUCUCAUCUAUCUAUCUAUCUAUCUAUCUAUCUAUCUAUCUAUCUAUCUAUCUAUCUUAGCCUAUUCUUAUCUAUCUCAGCCUAUUCUCAUCUAUCUAUCUAUCUAUCUAUCUAUCUAUCUAUCUAUCUAUCUUAG